UCCUCCACCUUCGUCUUCUUCCGUCUUUCUUCAGAGACUACAACCAUGAAUUCUUGCGUCGGUAUACGAAAUGACCUGGCAGCUUGCCUGAUCGCGACGGACUGCGUGCAAAAGGAGGGAAAGACGGGCCAGGAGUGCCUCCGGGAUCACAUGGACGAGCUGCCGCAGGAUUGUCAGCACCUGUACAAGUCCUACGUCGCCUGUCGAAGGGGCAUGCUGGACAUGAGGAAGAGAUUUCGCGGGAAUGCACCGACAGCAUCAAGCGCCAACAAUCCGCCCGGCGGGACAUCAUCCGUCUCGCCAGAGGCACCAGGACCCAACGACCCUGCGUCCGCUCUCAGUCCAAAUCAAGAAGGUUGAGCUUGUAGCAAGGGGCUAAACAUAUUACAUUACGUGAGGUUGGGUUGUGCUGUUGAGUGA